AGACACCAAAGCAACAAAUUUCACGGAAUAACACUUUGAAUAAAUGGAUGGAGAAUGGAGAUGUUUCUUUAUAUGACGACACCAGAGCAGGAGUCUUGAUGGUGUUUUUUAGAGAGCUGAAAGCUGCAGAUGCAGGAACAUACAGAUGUGGAGUGAAAGUAUCUGACUAUACUGAGAGCUUCACUGAACUUCAGCUGAGCGUCAAACACGAUGCAAAGUAUCCAGUGGAUGUGACUAAAUCUGCUUAUCUUGGUGAAGUCAACAUCACCUGUCAGAUCCCAGAGGAAUAUAAAGUUCAUUUCUGCAAAGAGGAAGAUAAUCACAUCUGCCAGAACAUCAGCUCAUCUGAAGUGACACAAAUGAGUGGUUCAUCUGAGAGAAAUGAAGAGAGAGUUGUUAGAGUGAGCAUCAGUAAUGUGAGUGUGAGAGAUGCUGGAGUUUACUGGUGUGGAGCAGAAACCAGAGACACAUAUCUGACUUUCAUCUCCCUGAACACUAAAAUUCAGCUCAACCUCAUCAUGGCACCAGUAGUGAGACGUGAAGGAGAAUCUGCUGAGAUCUUCUGCCCUUAUGAUUCAAUCUAUAAAUCAAAGCCAAAGUCUCUCUGUAAGGGGAAGUGCUCCACUAGAGACAGAAAUACUCUCAGUGAGACUGUGAGAGAAGAGAAAGAGAGCAAGACUGACAGAUUGACUCUGAAAGAUAACGUCACUGCACGUGUCUUCACUGGGAGCAUCACUGCACUGACAGCAGAGGAUGCUGGGAAAUACUGGUGUGCAGUGACAUUAGAAACAGAGCUCAGUUAUCUUCACACUCAUCUGAUGGUCAUCAUGAACGAGGAGCUGAACUUGACUAAGUAUGAAGGAGACGACGUGUCAAUCCAGUGCAAACAUCAGGAUGCAGAUCAGAAAAGCUUCUGCAAAGCACAUGAAGCCUCCAUGUGUGUGAAGGAUGGAGUUUCAUUGGAGACGAUCAGAGAUGAUCGAUUCUCUUUCAGUGAUGAAGCAUCUGCUGGAGUCUUUACUGUGAACAUCACUGAUCUGAGAGAAGAGGAUUCUGGGAUAUACUGGUGUGGAGCUCACGUCACCACUAAAGUGACCCUCAGCGUUAAAAAGG